UAUGCUUCAAUACCACCUGUAUCACGGAGCAAAUACUAUCCCCGGAGCUGACAGCUUGAGUUCAAGGAGGUUGCCGACGAUAUACCCCCGGCGCAUCUUCUAUUCCCUGAAUUGAUGGUUUUAUUUUGUUGUCGCAUUCUUCCUUCGUUUCCCUAUGUGUCGAGUCUCGGCCCGUAUUUAGGUAUGUGAUGAUCCGCAGUCGCGACCGCUGCCGUCUGCCUGCCGGUUCACCACCAGCUGUGGUGCCUCUUUCGAUAUGGCCUCUCCCGACCGGCGUAAAUCUGUGGAAAGCUUGGCCUCCAUCGCCUCCGUUUCCUCGUCUACACGGCUUUCCUCCAGUCAGUAUGAUCCUAGCAGUCGCUUCCCUCAUCGACCACGCUACGAUUCAAGGCGGAGCUCAACUGCUAGCUCGAUAACGGGGGGGAUAGGGGGAGCUUUGGACUCUUCACUUCAUCAUGGGUCGAUAGCGGAGGCUGGACAUAACGCCAUAUCUACCCUUCUCCAACAACCCAUAGUUCGCACCGGUAUUCUACCACAGGCCUCCGUUCUAUCAAGCGGGUAUAAACCGCCGACCACUCGAGAUAUCCCACCAGUUACCUUAACCAACAUCCCGCAUGUGGAUUCCAAGGCAUUCCAUCCAUACAUCUCCCAGGUCGGAUCGUUAUAUGACGCCUUUCGCCGUUCAAAGGAGAAUAGAGAUGAAAAGGAGCCACAACUGUUUAGAUCUAGUAGUUCAGUUUCUUUAUCUGGAGAUAUAGACACGCUGUUGAGCAGCCAAUUGGAAAGGAAGCAAUCUGGCCAGCAAUCAUCUCUUGCGCCUGUCCCAGAACAUGCCACCCCGCGGAGAAGGUCUUCAGGACAGAGAGGCCGAGGUCCAGCGACUGCUCCCUUGUCCACCAUUCCAAACAUUUACUUCGAUGAAAAUUUCCACCUCGAAAAUCCCCGGACAUUUGAUGUCGUAUCUGAACGAUCAGAAGUUAUCCGAUCCCCAUCAAAACCUCCUGAUGAAAAAGCUGCCAAUGCUACAUUUGACCCACGCCCGUCAUCUGGUAGAAAGGCUUUAGCGACAAAUGCAAUAUUGCAAGAGAAAUUAUCAUGGUAUCUUGAUACCGUGGAAAUCCACCUUAUCUCCUCAAUUUCAACUGCCUCUACUUCAUUCCUCACUGCGCUCGGUUCGCUACAAGAACUCCAUAACGAAGCAACCGACUCAGUUAAAAAAAUCCAGGCCCUGCGAAGGGACUUAGCAAAGCUAGAUAACGAUAUGGCUUUGGGAGGCCUAAAGAUCGUCAGUCUACGUCGUAGGCGAGAAAACGUCAGGAAAUUGGCCGACGCUGUUUGUCAGCUCAAAGAAAUAAUAGCGUGCGUGUCGCAGUGCGAACAAAUGGUAGAAAAUGGUGAUAUUGAAAACGCUCUAGAUGAACUGGAUAAUGUUGAAAGACUUACAGCCGGCGAGCAGGUUCUCGUAAAUCGUGAAGAUCGCAGGGACCGGCCCCAGCCCCAACUACCGGAGACUCUCAUCGAUCUCCGUGGAAUUAAGGCUUUGGAAGGGGCAUCGCAUGAUUUGAGCCAACUGCGACAUCGGAUUGGGCUCGGGUAUGAGCGACGAUUCCUGGAUUGCUUAAUAGGAGACCUUAGACGACAUGUCGAGGCUGUACCUCCCGAUCUCACAUUACUACGUCUAGGAGACGCGUUCCAACGCUCACGGAGGGGUCAUCGGAAAGUCGUUUCUGGGUUGCCAACGUAUAUGACUGUGGAUAGUGAAUUGAGAUCGAGGUUAAGAACAGAAUUGGCCGGGCUAGGUCGUGCUAAAUACACCACACCUGCCGCAACUUCAUUCAAAACCUCAGUUCUACGUGAAAUGAAGAGUGCGAUCCGGCGACAUUUGCCCAGCUCAAGCGACGAUGACAACGAAUCGAUAAUGUCCGCAUCGACUCAUGGAGGUCGCCGGCUAAGUCAACAAGAGAAGUCAUCAAUACUGGCGCGGAAUCUCCGAGCACUCGACCCCGAUGACGCGUUCUUAAUGUUAACAAAAAUAUACACUGGCGUGAGCGAAUCCCUUCGGAGAUUGAGUGUGCAGGUUAAAGUACUACUGGAUAUCACAAGUGGACUCGGUAGCCCCCCUAGUACUGGCGGCAUACGAUCUCCUGGCCGAAGUCCAAGCCUAAAUUCGCUAGACACCAUCACCCGAGCCAGAGUGUCACCUGUCAUAGCACAGGAAGAGAUACUGGAGGUUCUCGAUAUGUCAAGCCUUCUCGGCCAAGCGGUCGAUAUCGUUCAAUCGCAAAUAGUUAAAAUUUUGAAAGUUCGCUCAGAGCAGAUCGCCCACAGCUCACUCGAGCAGUUUCUGAGAUACUUUAGCUUGAACAAGCUUUUUGCGGACGAGUGUGAAGCAAUUUCUGGGCGGAGUGGCGCGUCUUUGAAAAAUGUCGUUGAUAGUCAGAUAAAAGAAUUCAUCUCCAAUUUCGGCGAUAGCAGGAAACGUAGGAUCGUGCAAGUGAUGGAUUCGGAUAGGUGGAACGCUAAAGAUUUUGGUGACGAAGAGAAUAUCUUGCUCUCUCGAAUACUCAGAGCGAGCACGCAAGAUAUAGACUUUUGGAUUUCAACUUCGAGGAUAUGGGAGUCCGAAGAUGGCAGCCAGGAAUCGACGACAGCGCAGGCUAACACCGAAGUAAAUGGCAACGGCGUAUCUAGCACAGGGAAAGAUAAAGUCCGGGGCGCAAUAGUGGAUGAGCAGAAAUAUAUUCUGCCUCAGUCUGCUCUUGUCAUUUUAAACAUCAUUGACGAAUUUCAACACCUGAUGACGGGCAUUCCAAGCAUGGUGCAGGAUAUAGCCCUUAAUUUCCUGGACUGCCUCAAACUAUUUAACUCACGCUCCUCCCAACUAAUCCUCGGCGCUGGUGCCAUGAGAAGCGUUGGUUUGAAAAACAUCACAACAAAACAUCUUGCUCUUGCUUCGCAGGCGCUGAGCUUUGUCACUGCACUUAUCCCUUACAUCCGUGAAUUCGUUCGCCGCCACCAUACUUCCCCGACACUGAUGGCCGAGUUUGAUAAGGUCAAGCGACUGUACCAAGAACAUCAGUCCGGUAUCCAUGAGAAGUUGGUCGAUAUCAUGAGCUCCCGCGCCGCUAUCCGUGUCAAUUCUAUGAAAAAGAUAGACUGGGAUCAACCGCAGGACUCUCCUGCCGUCAAUCCGUACAUGGAGACCUUGACAGAGGAGACCGGUACACUCCACCGAGUCCUGGCUAAGCAUCUACCAGAAAUGACGGUGAUGAUGAUCAUGGAUCCUGUUUUCGCGAGCUAUAGAGAGCAGUGGACAAAGGCGUUCCAGGCAGCCACUUUGAAGACGGAGAGUGGGAAGAAACGAAUGAUCUCCGACGUCGAGUACUUCAAAGCGAAAAUCGAUAAAAUAGAUGGAUCAGGCGAUCUGGGCGACCACCUUGUAGGGAUUGUACGGGCGAAAUCAGUCGCUUCAUCACCCAAGCCCCAAUCAUCACCAUCACCUCCUCCAGCUCAAGAAGUAGAGCAACCGCCCCCACCAGCUGAGAAAAAUGGAGACUCAAAUUCGGAUGAGCCGUGAUGGACUUGGUCGGCAAUUUCGGAGCACAUCGGGGUAUUGGUGGGCAACGAAAACGUUGUCUGUUUCUCAACGCGUUAUACAUUUCUCUUUGGCUUUUAUCACCUUUCAUUCCUGCCAAGGUGGUGUUGGGCGUGACAGCAACAACCUCAGAUUCUCGUCACAUUUUUCCAGAGAUUAUAAAGACCUUGCUUGGGACUAAUUCAUUUCUACUUCUAUUUAUAUGAAUCAACCCUUACCUUCGUCUGUUAGCGCAUGAUAUAUUAUAUUUCUAGAGUACCUUUUUGGGGGUUGAGGAGAGCGUUGGAGUCCCGAUGAUUCUUAAUUCCGAUUAAAUAAACGAGCCCCGCCCUAGCUAGGUGUUUUGCAGUUUGCUAAAUGUGUUGUCAAUCUAUCCUAGUACCCUACCUCUUUUCGAGAUCUCGUCAUUUACCGCUCUUCUUCUCUGUUGAACUUUCAUGAUCUGCUCACACCCUAUACCCUUCUACAUGUAUAUUACUACGCCCAACUUUUUAAUCGCAGAUGUCCCAGUCCCUCACUAGUGUGAGACAUGCAGCAUCAUUGUGAAAUCUCAGAGUGGCUUACAUGUCAAAUCCUGUGAACCAAAGCUUAUGUUUUUUCGUUCUUGUUACAUAUUUCUUUUGUCUAUCUAGAGUCAUACUCACAUUUAUUAUCCCUUUAAUAAAUCGCCGUAAAGCGUUGAAAGUAGACCAUCAUCUCCCGAUACCAUUGUCCCAUAUAUUGUUUCUGCUUCAAAACCCGACCAGGACUGAUCCGCCACAUAUGCGUAGCAGAAACCAUGAAGCGCCUGAGACAUUUUUGUAGAAAGAUAGUUUAAAGUGAGCUGGUAGUGUUGCUUAGAAGUCAUAGAGUGUUUUCGUUAUUCUGAAGGAGAAAUUUCGCUUUUGCCCCCUUGCUUUGCUUGGAGGUAACUACAAAAGAGGUUUAGUUGCAAUAUUUACUGGGACAGGUUUAUUUCUUUGGUUGUAUUCCAGUGGCUAAAGACAUGUUAUUUUCAUUAUUUGAAAGGACAUCAUUGCCCCCAGUACUCCGUACUGUAGUUUCUAUGUUCAUUGAUACACUAGCAGAUGAGGGGGUUUAGGCUCCAAGGAAAAUGAAAGAACCAUUCAUAUCAUAAUGAAGCUAUGAGAGACUGUCCAUUUAUUAGAUCUUAUUUUGCAAGCUUUACUUUCUUACACAAUA